GAUAGAUCUGUUUCUCCUUUACUGGAUUGUUUGAAGGACAUAAAAUGUUGGAUGGCUUCUAAUUUUUUGCACCUAAAUGAGAGCAAAACGGAAGUCAUAAUACUUAGUCCUGGCAGAAGAAAUAGCUCUGGUGCUGAUAUUGACCUUGGCCCAUUGACCCCCUAUGAAAAGAAAAUGGUCAGUAAUUUGGGGAUUAAAAUCGACUCAUCACUGUAAUCUUGACACUCAUGUAAAUACAGUGGUGAGGUCCUGUUUUUUUUAACCUGAAAAGACUAUCCAGGAUCAGGCCUCUGCUGUCUAGAGCUCAUCUGGAGUCUGUGUUGCAUGCUUUCGUCCUGUCCCAGCUGGACUACUGCAACGCUCUGUAUGCUGGUCUGGCCCAGUGCACGGUUGCACGGCUCCAGUUUGAGCAGAACUCAGUGGCUAGGUUCCUGACAGGUACUAGAUGCCGAGAUCACAUUACUCCAGUGCUGGAUACUCUGCAUUGGCUCCCGGUGCAAUAUUGAACUAAGUUUAAAAUCUUAACUCUCGUUUAUAAGGCCCUCCAGGGCAGUGCCCCCUCGUACAUUACUGCACUUUUGCAGAGGUAUGCUCCGUCUCGGUCUCUUCGCUCAGCCGAGCAGGAACUUCUGGUGGUCCCCCGGUCGAAAUAUCGAUCGAGGGGUUGUCGUGCUUUUUCUGUUCUGGCUCCAACUCUGUGGAACGAAUUGCCACUGAGCAUUAGGCAGGCACCAUCCCUUCACGUCUUUAAGUCUCAUUUAAAGACUCAUUUUUAUUUGAUUGCGUUUUAGCGCUAGGGUUCUUUGAAUUGCCCUGACAUUAUGGUUUUAAUUCUUCUUCUUUUUAACUCAGAUGCUUGAUUUUAUUUUGUCCACCAUUUGUUUUUGAUCGAUUAGUCUUAUUCCGUUAUCUCUCUUUAUUUGUGAUAGUGUUUGUUUGAUGUUUUAUGAUUUUAUGUUUUUAUCUUGCUUUUAUGCCCAUGUACUGGGAAUGUUUUUCUUAUGAUGAUGCUGUUCAGCACCUUGGGCUUCCGAUAACGUUGUGGAAGGUGCUCUACAAAUAAAAUUUGAUUGAUUGAUUGAUUGAUUGAUUGAAAAUGCACUAAAGUGCAAAACUGUUGACUACACGUGUCUGCAGCACGAUUAGACACGCAUUUAUAUAGUUUAUCAGAAAAAAUAGUUGAUUUGGGGGUGACUUGCUCUUUAAGAAAAGGCUAUUUUAAUUUGCAACAGUGGAAGAAUUUGAGGCUUAAUGUGGUGUUCAAAUGCGGUUUUCAGUCUUCCACCUUCAAAUCCACACCAGGCAUUUGGAUGCUAAGCACUUUCUGUGAACAGAAGCAAGUUUUUUAUUUCACCAAAUCAAACAAAUAUAUUUCUAUCACGUGUUUGCUCUUGUUUCCUGUUUUGUGUCAGAAAGGCAUGAAGGUUAAGAUGGACCAGGCUGAGGACGCCCUGCAGGUCACCAUCAUGAGAGUGAGCUGAGGAAAAGGUUAGGGGAAUAAUCUGACACACAGGCCUGAUUAGAAGCUAUUUAUACAUCACACAGUCUGACCGCCUGGUCGUCCUCAGAUGUUGGACAGUCAUCGUGUCAGUUUCAGACCUGUGUACGAGUGUCAAAGGUGUCACAAAGAGACGUUUCUAUGUUGCAUGUGCACGUGCAUGCAUCAUGAAUGUAUUGGUAUAAAUUAGCCAGCCCAACUCGUGAGUCACUGUCGUUUUUUUCUAAUGAAAAUCAUAUGAAAGAUGUUUCCUGCUUUGCCUUUUUCCUGUUUAGCUGCCCGCUGUUUCUUCUGUGAGAAUUCACCGCAGAUGCAGAAGCCCGUUUCCAGAUGUAAAAGGUUUGCAGAUUUAAAAGGCAAAUGUGCUUUUUCUCAUGAAGAGCUGCAGGGUCGUCUUCUAGAACAGUGCUGGUAACCUCGGCCGGUGGUUUUCACUGGUAAUAAGCACUGUGGGUAAGAAUGUUUGGUUAGCAUCGUUUGUUAGCAUUUCUGGUUAGCGUGAUGGUCCUCGCUCUGAGAACCUGGCUUAGACCCUCCAGCAUGGAUCUGCUCGUUCUCUCCAUCCUCUGGUUUCCUCACACAGACCAAAAACAAGCGUGUUAGUUCUGAAUCCGGUCCUUUUGUGAUGUGCUCGUGAUGAUUCGUGACCCUGAGAUGGCCUGAUGGUUGCUCUCACCUAGAAACCACCAGAGACAGGCUACAGCCCUACAGAGGACCACUCCACCAAUGGAUUUGACGAGAUGUGGAUCAUCUCGUUCUUAAUAAAACACGGUUCACCACCCCAGUUAAAACAAUCCUGAAACGUUCUCACGUCUGCUCAGCUGCAGCCACAGGCAGGUGGUACGAAGAGAGGGAGAGCCUGUUGCAGCAUCAACGAACAGCAAAUUCAGGAAAACUCACAGGAAAUCCUCCUACUUCUUACCAUUCCUGUUGUUUUUUGACAUUUUGUCUGGGUGUGUGUUCCUGUUUGGGUCUGGCCGUGUUCAACACCUACACAACACGCCCUUCAGUCUCCUCUCCAUCACUCCCUCCACCCCCGAUCAUGCUCUGCAGAGGAGAGACUCUCAGCCCGGGGGGUGCGAGAACACGCAGCAGAGCAGACGGGAUUAUGAUCAGAGGAGGACGACCAAGGAUUAAAAGAGAAAUACGGCCGGGAUGGAUCUGUGAAUAAGUGAUGAAGGGCAUCCCGUGGGAAUCGGAGGAGGCUGAAAAGUGGAAUGUUAGAAAGUGAAGAGGAACCACAAAUCAACGCACCAAUAUAUCAUGGAGGCCUAAUGUUUGGUAGAAAGGUUCUCCAACAGCGACCACUUCCCAAGGAUCACUGGUGCCAUGGGAACAAGUAGGUCCAACAGGUACAGCAUUGUGUCAGACAUCAUACCAGAGGAGGAACUCCAGGGAAUCUCCAGCUUAGGACUCUACAGCAGCCACAACAUUCCCAGAUUUCAAGACCAGUGCAACCUUGAAAGAGACAGCGGCAGGAGGAGGCCCGGAGCCUCCGGUGUUGUGGUCAACGCCAAAGAGCAGAGAGGGAUGAACAACCGCAACGGGAAGAUUCUGACGAGGGGCUCCAACCAAAUACGGAGCCGAUUUGUGAAGAAAAAUGGACAAUGCAAUGUUGUAUUUACUAACAUGGAAGACAGGAGGCGGCGCUAUCUCGCAGACAUCUUCACCACCUGUGUGGACAUCCGCUGGAGAUAUCUGAUGCUCAUAUUCUGCACCAGCUUCCUGAUCUCAUGGCUGAUUUUUGGUUUAGUCUUUUAUGCCGUCUCCCUUGCACACGGGGACUUUAAGGACCCACCUGCACAGAAAGGUGAUGGGCUGAUGGUUGGGGGUCUGUAUGGGCCCAACUCUGGGCACACAGUUGGAGGACAGCCGAAAAGGAUGCCCUGCAUACUUCACAUCCAAGGCUUCGUUGGGGCACUCCUGUUCUCUAUGGAGACCCAGACCACCAUUGGCUACGGCUGGCGCUGUGUCACGGAGGAGUGUCCUGUAGCUGUGAUGACGGUGGUCAUACAGUCCAUUGUAGGCUGCAUCAUCGACUCUUUUAUGAUCGGAACCAUCAUGGCCAAGAUGGCUCGCCCUAAAAAGAGAAACCAGACCCUAGUGUUCUCCAGAAAUGCAGUCAUCUCGCUGCGUGAUGGCAAACUGUGCCUCAUGUGGAGGGUGGGCAACCUGAGGAGGAGUCACAUCGUGGAAGCUCAUGUCCGAGCUCAGCUAAUACGCUCAUACGUCACAGCUGAGGGUGAAUUCAUCCCCUUGGAACAGAUGGACCUCAACGUGGGCUACGAUGAGGGCACGGACAGGCUCUUUCUAGUGUCUCCUCUGGUUAUAGUUCAUGAGAUAGAUAAGGAAAGCCCUUUGUACACUUUAAGCCGAGCCGAUCUGGAAGCUGAUGACUUUGAGAUUAUUGUGAUCUUGGAAGGGAUGGUGGAAGCCACAGCCAUGACCACUCAGUUUCGCAGUUCCUAUCUUGCCAGAGAGAUCUUCUGGGGUCACAGGUUUGAGCCUGUGAUCUACGAGGACCAGGACCGCUACAAGGUAGACUAUGCUCGCUUCCACAAUACCUACGAGGUACCAUCCACGCCUUAUCUCAGCGCUAAGGAGCUUGACGAAGCAGCGAGCCGUGCCUCCUCUGGUGCUUCCCCUGUUUCAGUCCGAAGAUCCAUGCAGAACUUGAUCCCACGGUCACUGGCUGCCUUCUGUUAUGAGAACGAGGUAGCCUUCAGCUAUGGAGAGGAGGAAGAAGACAUAUUCGAGUCCACUCAGACAUCAGCGAAGGACAGGGCAGAAGAGAGGAGGACUUCAGCUGACUUCCAAAACAUUUUCCACGACACUCUGACUGUCGCAUCUGACAGUCACAACAUCAUGUGUGUUCUGGACAUGGACAACAACCAGAUGGAGUUUGACAUCUUGCAGACUGCUAUUCCUCUCGAUCCAGUGGCUUACAAGAGUGAACAAGAGAUCUAAAGAGCGUAGGAUGGCGCUUUUACUCAGAGAAUUGGAUGUGUGUUCAACUAAGGGCCGUGACAUACUUGCUGUUUGACGACGCAAACGCGUGUUUAAAAUGGCUGCCAUGCAUUAAUUGCGUUGAUUUGAAGCGUCGUUCACUGCCAAUGACAACUAAAGUUGUCAUUUGCAUGUUUUUACUGUGUGGGCGUUGGACGAGCCCCCGCACCGUGAGAACAAACAUCUCAGCUCUAAAGCCGAUCUUCAUCCGCGUACGUCAUACAUCAUAAGUCAUGUGAUCAGGAAGCAGAACAUCCAUGUGUUAGGAGAUCGUUUUGGGCCGCUGCUGUAAAAAAAGUGAGACGCGAACCGGAAAAGCUUCUGCCGAUCACAAUUCAACAACGGAUUAAUCGCGCAGAUUCUUCCUGAUGUAAGAGGUGAGUCUCUGCUUUGUUUUGGUUGUUUUGGCGUCAACGUCAUCCUAGCGCGCAACGUUCUGUGACUCUUAAAAAAACAGUCAAAACGGUGAGAAACGCUGGCAGCGAAGGGCUUUACCGAUCAGGAAACGGCUGGCAGUUAAUGAGUUAAUGCAACGUGUCCGAACGCUGCAAUAUACGAGUAACCACUAGGUCGAGUCGCGCGAGACACACUCACCAUGGUGACUCCGUCUCUGGGUUAGAGGUCUUUCAGACCAUCUUCGAUACUGCUGCGGUCUCUUUUUCUGUCGUGAACUCAACACCAGUUAUCCAGUUACUGAUCUCUUCUAUUAACGCCAUUUUGUUUUGGUUGUACCCACAAACCUGGCUCUCUGUCCGGUCUGUGUAGUCUAGUGCACCACCUAGUGGAACACUCCAGUACUACGAGCAGCAGCAAGUAUGUGAACAGAGACGCAGCCUGCUGCCUGUGCCAACACAAGGUCAAACAGCAAAUUUAUCACGGCCCUUAAAGCGAUUUGAUUAUUAACUCGCCCGUUUAAUCUAGUUUCCUGAAUGAUCUAUGUUCACAGAAAUAGUGAUCAAGUCUGACAGUCUUGACGAGCUAAAGGCUUGCCCAAAUGUAGCUAAGACCAAAAUGGAUGGUCACCAUUUUUAAAACAUCUGCAGUCUCUUAUAAUUUACAACAGUUUGUGUAAAUGAUGUGUUUUAAACUAGUGGUUCUCAGUCUUUCCAGCUUUGGAUCCCAAACAGUAAAACCGACAGACUUUGAUACCAAGUUUGCUGUUUGGACUAAAGAAAUGUUGUUUUAACCCUUUAACACCCAAGUCUUAAAAUGUCCACUAAGCAUUUUUAUUUUAUUGGGUAGAUGCUUUGGCUCAUUUUCCCAGAAUUCUCAUUUGGCAUAUAAACACCAUUUUGGAGAUGCUGCAAAAUCCAGCCCGUUGAAGGAGGCGGGUCCUACCCCAAGAAUGAAAUAUUUGGUGAGUCACUGAAUAUUCUUCUGUUUGGACAGAGAUCCAGUGUGACUGAAUCAGGCAGAACAAGGACUGUAAAGCCAUUUCCUGUGAUCAAAUAUUAAAUUUCAAACCUUGAUCCUGUAUCCUC